UAAAACGAUUUAAGGAGCCAAAGGAAGAAAGGCGUCCCUGGAGGAUAUGGUUUUAUGAUACCUCCAAGCAAGCAAUAGGCUCCCUCUUCAUCCACUUUGCCAACGUUUUCCUGUCGGAUCUCACUGAAGAGGACCCUUGCUCUCUCUACCUUAUUAAUUUCAUCCUGGAUGCCACGCUGGGGAUGCUGCUGAUCUGGCUUGGUGUGAAAGUUGUCUCCUGGAUCGUGCAGCAUAAGAAGUACACGUACUUGGUCUUCGGAGAAUAUG